AUGCCAGAAGCCAUACUAGGAGGCACCGACACCGUCAUCCUCUCCAGUAAAUGCCCCGCAGCGCACUUCGGACAAGUCACGGGAUACGAACACCUAUGCGAAUCGCCCUGCAAUACCACCGACGUGGAUCUAAACGAACAGGAUGCAACCCACCCUGAUCCUCGGAUGUUCCUGCGGCAAAUGUCAGAGCCAGCCGCUUUGUACAAUGUCGGCGACGGGGACAGGGUGUUCUGGUUCCGCGACUGGGGGCGCAUCGACGCCACGGAAGUGCGCUCCCUCGCCGACCCAGACAUGGAUAUCCCCGAGGAGGCACGCGCCAUCGCGCCCACCCUGAAGCUCGGUGUUGCUACGCGCACCCACUGGGACUGGGAGCGCUACCGGUGUGGCACGCGCCCCUACCUGACGAGCAGGCUCGCGUGGGCACUCGUGCGGCACAGCAUGCACCCCGCGUACAUCGUGCAGCGCUGGGAGGACUGGGCGCACGCCGGCGUCGCGCUGCGUUUCCGCCACUCCAUCCCGCAGCACGUGUGGACGAACCUGACGCGGCUCAAGCUCCAGCUCGACGACGUACGCCCUGGGGACCCGCACGGCCACGCAAUCUACACCACCGUUGGCCUUGACGGCCACGCGCGGCACCCGAACUGGUGGACGAUGUGCGAGAUCGUGGGGUUGUGCGCAUACCUGGGGGCACGGCUUGUUGGCCUGAGCGUCAGCAUGUGCUUCCCGGAACUCGUGGUGCUGCACGUACCGCGAUUCGUGCACGCAAUCGUGCAGCGCUGCCCGAAACUGCUGUACCUUGGCGUAGAGGAUACGCAGUGCCAGCACUUCUUACCACAUGUGUUUCCGGGCUUCGGCUACUUGGCUGCCGCAGUUCGGGCUGACAGGCCGUCGGACGAAAAGAUCGUGACGCCUGAAGGCCAGUUACACACCCUUGUAUUGGCAAAGGCAAGCAUCGUCUGCUGGGAGGCUGAGUACCAAGACGAAGACUUAGCGCAAGAAUUCGAAGAGAGGCUUGAAGAGGCGGAGUCCCUGCCCUAUCGCAUAGAGCGUGCUCCGGCACUCUGGAAUGCUAGCAUGAAGGCCGAGGAGGCCCGGGACCUCGCUCGCCUUAUGGUGCAAGAGAUUCCUUCGUUGAGGCGGGCGUAUGUCGCUCUAGACCGUGGUGCACUCGACCUACGCGCGGACAAGGACGGAGUCUUUCAAACUGUGAGCGCGGGGGAUGCGUACAUGAUAGAAUGA